AUGAUGUUCUCUACCCCUUUAAAUGUGGGUCGACGACGUGUUUUUAGCUCUGUCUUCUCCCCCGCCUCGUUAGAGACCCGCGCCUCCGGACCAAGCGUGGACCGCGAGAGCACCCAAAAUGCAUCAUUCAAUCCCGAUUCUUCCUUUUCCACCAUAAGGACCGGCUCGUUCAUCUCGCCCCAGCAGGACAAAUUCACUUCAUCUGUAUUGGACCAAGAGACAUGGGAACAGGCAUGGUCCCUUGCGACCGACUUCCUCGCGCUGCCUGAUGAAGGGUUCGCCGCCAUUUACAAUGCGCGAGGAUGCGUGGAGGGUACAGGAAAAACCGCAAGAUGGAACAAGUCUCCAUCUCAGGAAGCCGCUGAGGCACUUUCAUACUUGGCGUCCAGUGAAUCGAGCAAGGCAUCAUCUGAACCUAAUGGGCUUCAUGAAUUGGUCCACUGGUAUGGCGGGGAGAUUCGGCGACAUUUUCUCGCAAAUAUCCGCCAUGGCCUUUAUGAGCUCUUUCAACGCGAGGAUCACGAAGAAUUGAUUCGAUCUAUCGUCGAAUGCUUACAGCUCGCCCGACGUAUGUAUCUCACGCCCGCCGCGAAUCACCUCCUGGAGUUUGUCCACGAAGAAUCCCGAGAGAAGCUUAUGAUGCGAUUACAACGCACGUUGCACUCUGUGGUUUCCCAUUCGCUCCCUUGGUCGAAGAUUUCGCUCUUGGUAGGUGCCGUCUUAGCCAAAGAGGCGUUGAUCGUCCUUGGUAUUGAUACACUGCUUGAGGAUGGGGAUGGCGGCGAAAACGAAUCAGAUGGCGAUGAGAUGGAGGUUGACCGACGAUAUUCGGUCUCGUAUGACAAAUGGAGGGACGAGUCUCCCGAGACCCGGGAGCGAAUGAUGAUUGAGGGCGAGGAUAAUCGCGUCACGACAGCUCGUGAGCGACUUCUUAUGUUUCUGCAAGGGCUACAGCAAGUGGGUCUUGGCGGCGAUAAAGCCCAAAAGGUGUUUGCCAGUGUGAUGAAUAUCAUGAUGACCGAAUUCAUCCGCGCUGCGUACACUGGUAAAUGGGAGGCGCCUUCAUUGGUCCCUCAACAUUUGCGACACUGGAUCGAGAAUGUCUUUGCUCGAUUGGCGGUUCAAGCGCUUGCAAUUAUCCAUCAUCCCCAGCUGGCGGACCAGUCGUCAAAUGUUCUGAAUGUGAGCUUCGGGGAUGUCGAGAAGUGGCAGGAGAUGGGCAUCGCUCGAUUGGGUACUCUGCGUACCAGUGAGCUGUUUGAUGUGAUUGUGGAUUGGCCGACAAGCACCGGCGCUGUUGAAGACGUGCGACAUUUUACCACCUAUCCUGCCGCCCGAUCAUACCUCACACAAUACUUUAUCACUAUUCUGAACCAGCGUCUACUACACCCCGGCGCAUCUACCGUCGAGAUCCUCCAGCUGUACAUUGCCAUCAUUCGAGCAUUCAACCUCAUCGACCCCAAAGGUGUACUAUUAGAUCGCAUCGCUCGCCCCAUCCGACGAUAUCUCCGAGACCGGGACGAUACCAUCAAGGUAAUCGUCAGCGGUCUGUUGGCCGAGCCGACGACGGUCCACGACCAGAAUGCUCUACCUAAUGCCAACGACACGCUAGUGGAGUUGUCGACCGAGUUAGCAAGAGCGCAUCAGCUGUCCAUGGAGAACAGCACCAGUGAACUGGACUGGGACGAUAUGACAUGGUUGCCGGACCCAGUCGAUGCGGCGCCCGACUACAGCAAAUCCAAGAGCACCGAUGUCAUUGGCAGCCUGGUCAGCUUAUUCGACUCCAAAGAGACCUUUGUCAAGGAGCUGCAGACCCUUCUCAGUGACCGACUCCUCCAGAAACGCGACACCUUCGAUCAAGAAAUCUCCGUUCUCGAGCUCCUCAAGGUGCGCUUCGGGGAAUCCGCCCUUCAAGCAUGCGAAGUCAUGCUUCGCGACAUAUCCGACUCUCGCCGUGUCGACGCCUCCAUUCGCAAAGACCAAGGCCUCGUUAAACCAUCCACACGCCAAAAGACCAGACGUGCACAAAACUCUCCCAUCCCCGAUCUCCACGCCAAAAUCCUCUCCCGAUUCUUCUGGCCUUCCAUCCCCGAACAGGGAUUCAAGGUUCCCGAUGAAAUUUCCGCCCUUCAAGACCGUUAUGCCGCCGGUUUUGAAGCCCUCAAGGCCUCCCGAAAAUUGACCUGGCUCAACGGACUGGGCCAAGUUCUUGUCGAACUUCAACUCGCUGAUCGCGACUUUUCCGCUCACGUUACCACUUGGCAAGCCACCGUCAUUCACGCCUUCCAAUCCGACUCUGAAACUUCAUCCGACAACAAGGAGAGCACCAUCACAGAACGAUCGAUUGCCUCCCUGUCCGACCAACUCGCCAUGACCCCUUCCCUUGUCCGUUCCGCCUGCUUGUUCUGGGUCAGCAAGCGCAUCCUUGUCGAAUCGCCCUCAUCUCCCGACUUCUUCCGUGUCCUGGAAUACCUUCCCUCAGAAGAAACCGAACCGGAUGCCCUCUCUGGAGCCGGCCCCAGCGAAUCCAAUACCCACGCCCAUCCUCUGACGACAGACGAAUCCAACGCCGCCGCUGCAGCCGCCGCCGCUGCCGCCGCCGAAGCCGCCGCCAGAGAAUCCGUCGAGGCCGCUGCCAUGGAAAAAAUGAAUCUCUACUGGCAAUUCAUCGUGGGCAUGCUCACCAACCAAGGCGCAAUGCCACUGCAGCGGAUCGUGAUGAUGUUGAAAAUUGUGGUUCCCGGUGGAUUCCCAUUUAGCAAUGAGGAAUUGAGGGAGUUUCUAGCGGGAAUGGUUGCAAAGGGGAAAGUGGAGAUUGUCAGUGGAGGAAAUUACAAACUUGUUCCUCAUUGA